AUGUCUUCUGAUGAUGAGAUCGUCAACAUUCUCUCGCUGGACGGCGGGGGCGUUCGUGCCUUGUCAGAAGUCAUGAUGCUUGAUAGGAUCAUGAAAAGGAUCAAAGAGAAACAGGGUCUCGCGGAGAUUCCGAAACCAUGCGAUUACUUUCACUUGAUUGGUGGUAUCGGCACUGGAGGAAUCGCUGCGAUCCUAUUCGGAAGGCUACGCAUGACGACUACCGAGGCUCUCACAGGGUAUGAGAACAUUGCCAGUGAGAUCUUCAGUACCCGAAAGAGAAGACUCGAGUUCUCCGUCGACUUUAGAGAGGAAAAGGUCGAGAAAGGGAUGAAGAACAUUAUGAAAGGCCGCAACGAUGGCACCCAAAUGAGAGACGAGAAAGGUGACCGCUCUAUCGGAAAGUCGUUUGUGGUUGCUCGACGAUCAGAUGGCUCAUUGCGACGAAUCCGUGCCUAUCGUCACAAGCAGAAUCAACUGGACUUCACCAUCUAUGAAGCCGCAAGGGCAACUGCAGCGAGCAUAGAGUCCGCCGGGGACCGGUAUUUUUCGGACGAUACCAAAGACUACAAGAACCCAAUAAGAGAAGUGCUAGAGGAGGCAACGGAAGUCCUGGAGAACACAGCGAAAGUUGGUUGCGUUUUGAGUCUUGGGGCCGGCACCAAAGACAUACACCACCGCGAUGAACCGACAAAAGAUGGCAAGAAACGACACACCGAAAAGACGAAUAACGAAAUGAAAAGGCGCUUCGCUAACGUGCCAAACACGUACUUUCGGCUGAAUGUCUAUGACAUGGCCGACAAAGUCGAAGCUAAUAAAUCCCACGAGAUUCCCGCGGUGAAGAGCGAAACAGAGCGGUGGCUAGGCACAAGUGCCAUUAGAGGUGUAAUCGACCGAAUCGCCGACGUCCUUAUCAAAGGGACCACAUCAGGCGUGACUGUCGACAAACUCACGCUGGACGAAAUAAACCCCAAGCCGAAGCAGGAAGAAGAAAAAACCGUCGAAUCUCCCCCAGCACAUCCAGUGUCCUAUGCCAACACAAACUCAAAUCAACUCAUUGAUUACAACAACAACGACAUGGACCCCAACGACCCCACCUACCGCGCAGAACAAGCCGCUCUCUGGGCUCAAUACUCCGAAUACGCCUCCGCCCUCGGCCCUUCCUCGCCCGAAUCCCUCGACCUCCUCCACCGCAUCUUCAAACACAUGCUCACCCACAAGCACCUCUCCUGCUCGCUCCGCGUCGCCGAAGAAGCCUACAAGCGCAGUCUCGCACGCCACGGCCCCCCCUCUGCGGUCACCGCGCUCACCACCUGCUCACAUCUCGGCGACGUCAUCACGGCGCUGACAUCUCUAGGGGAGUUCGCCCGCGCAUAUGAUCUUCUUGAGGGGCUAGUGGGUAUCUUUGCGAAAGUGUCAGGUCCGGAGCAUAUCAACACAUGGCAGGCGAUGGAGGCGCUCGAGGAGCUAAAAAAAAGAAAGAGAGAGAGAGAGUGGGGGAUGGAGCAAGCCAUGUCGAUUAUGAGGAAGCAUGAGGACUGGGUGAGGGGAAGGCCGGAAGCGGUCCUGCGGGCUGAGGUCGGGGAUGCAAACUAUGAGCAGAGAGAUAGGAAUUAUGUGAAUGCUGUGGUAGCCUACACGGAGAUUCCGGUGGUGGAUGUUUGUAGGGCCAAGGGGGGAUGUAAAGAGAAGGGGUUCAGGGAGGUGGAUGGUAAGUUGGCGAUAGGAAGGACCUCCAAGGAUGUAGAGAUGGAGAUGGGCUUGGUUGAUGAUUUCAGUUAGGAGUAUGGAGGGAGAGGAUUGCUCGUGCACGGCGGAGCUGAGGUAUGUUGAGCAUUUUCGAUGAUAAUAAAUGAUUCAUGAAUGAUACCAACCUAGCCGUUGACUUGUUUAAUUUUC